CUACUUUUAGUGGACUCUGCUGGACUGUUAGUUAUUACAGAGUUGCAUCAUCAUGAAAACUUUAUAUGAAUUGAACCAGUUAACUGUCCACGACUUAAGGCAGCAGUUGGACAGACUUGGAAUUCCUUCUGAUGGAAGAAAAAGUGAAUUGGUCAACAAACUGCUUGUAUAUUAUGAGCAGGUUGAAGGCGCUUAUCCACAAGAGAUUGAAGAAGCUGAGCCUCCUGCUCCUGGUGAAGAAGAUAGCGUUCAUGUUGAUCUUCCUGUUGCUCUGGAGAAAGUCCUCGCGUAUAAAAAUGAAAGAGCAAAACAGGUUGGUGUCUCGAAUGAAGAGAUGAAAAAAGCAAUGUCUGGAAGUCCUCAGCUGGAGAAGCAGAACACGAAGAAUGCUGAGAAGUUGAAAUUGGAAAAAGCAAAGUCACAGCUUCUGAAUGGAGCAGCUAUUGCCGGUGGUGAAAAAGAAUCUAAAGAAGAUAUACUUGCCACACAAAGGAAGCUCAAAAAUAAAAAGAAAAGAGCAAAAAAGAAGAGACGAAAAGCGGAGCUUCAGGAAGAGAAAAAGAAAGAAGUUGAAACUGAUCCCGCUCCUGCAGAUGAUGAAGAAGAUGUGGAUGCUGAUAUUGAGUACGUGACACAAGAUCCAAAUUUCAACGAUCCUCAUUUGUUUGUGUUUAAAAAGAUUUUCCAAGCAUUUAAAAUCGCCGAGGAAGUCGAAAAAAUGAAAGAAGCGCCAGAACCUGAAAGUACAAUGAAUAAAGCAAAAGCUGUGGAAAAGGUGAAGGCAUUCGGAGCUGGAAGCAGUGAUGAAGACAGCAAUGCUGAGGACGAUGGUAAACAGAAGUUAUCUAAGAAAAAACUGAGAAGAAUGAACAGAUUGAGUGUUGCUGAACUAAAGCAGUUGGUCACCAGACCUGAUGUUGUAGAGAUGCAUGAUGUAACUGCCCAAGAUCCACGUCUGCUUGUGCAUUUAAAGGCAUCUAGGAAUUCUGUGACAGUUCCUAGGCAUUGGUGUUUCAAACGAAAGUACCUGCAGGGUAAAAGAGGAUUUGAGAAGCCACCUUUUGAGCUGCCGCAAUGUAUUAAGAACACUGGUAUUAUGGAAAUGCGACAAGCUUUGCAAGAGAAGGAGGACCAGAGGACACUCAAGACUAAAAUGAGAGAAAAAGUGAGACCAAAGCUGGGUAAAAUUGAUAUUGACUACCAAAAGUUGCACGAUGCCUUUUUCCGUUACCAAACUAAACCCAGAAUGACCACACAUGGUGAUUUGUAUUAUGAAGGUAAAGAAUUUGAAACUCGCCUAAAAGAAAAGAAACCUGGUAACUUUUCAGAUGAGUUACGCUUAGCCCUUGGAAUGCCAGUGGGUGAACAAGCUACCAAAAUACCCCCACCCUGGCUCAUUGCAAUGCAAAGGUAUGGCCCACCUCCCUCUUAUCCAAACCUAAAGAUUAUGGGACUUAAUUGCCCUAUACCAGAAAGUUGUUCAUUUGGGUAUCAUGCUGGUGGUUGGGGAAAGCCACCUGUUGAUGAGAUGGGAAGACCUUUGUAUGGAGAUGUGUUUGGAACUCAAGCAGGAGAUUUUUCGCAGCGGGAUGAAACAGAUGACAUUGAUAAAUCUGCUUGGGGAGAUUUGGAGUCUGAGAGCGAAGAGGAGUCUUCUGAAGAGGAAGAGAGUGAAGGAGAAGAGAAGAUUCCGGAUGAAACUGGAUUUGUCACACCAGCUGAGAGUGGAAUGAUCACUCCAAGCGGGAUUUCCUCUGUUCCAAGUGGGAUGGAGACCCCAGACAUGCUGGAGCUCAGGAAACGAAAGAUUGAGGACGCAAUGGAAGGAGGAGACACUCCACAACUCUUCACCGUGUUGCCUGAGAAAUCUGCUGGUGCAGUGGGUCGUAACAUGAUGGCUUCCGCUCACGUUUAUGACGUAAACGCAACCAGGCGACCUGUGCUUUCUGCUGGAGUGGCAGAUAUUGAGAGCGUAGAGGUUGCCCUCAAUCCUGAAGAACUGGAGCUUGAUAAUGUUGCCAUGGCUGCUAAGUAUGAGCAGAGGGUACGUGAGCAAGAGCAAGUGCAGAAAGAAGACUUCAGUGAUAUGGUCGCUGAGCAUGCUGCGAAACAAAAGAAAAAGAGAAAGGCCCAAACACAAGACACUAACAGAUCAACAAAAAAAUACAAAGAAUUCAAAUUUUAAAAUGUUUUGUGCUCUGUGCUGUAGAAAUUAAUAUUAUGAAACGACAAAGUACUGUUAUUUAGAUCUGGUAAAUAUUACAAUAAGGAUUUUUUGGUUUUGUGUCAAAUAUUUCUGAAUCGUAUAUUUCAUUGCUGUCUCUGCAAUCAUAAGAAAUUGUAAACCUUCCGCUUUUUUCGUAAAAUGAAUCUAUUGUAAUAGUGCACACUGCACCCACUUACGUUGUACCAAGUUAUCAAAUUGUCUUUAAUGCCAUAAAUUUUUUUCAGA